AUGCCUCAAACAAAUCAAACUGUCCUCACUGAGUUUAUUCUCCAAGGGUUUCCAGGUUCCGCAGAGCUGCAGAAGUAUCUAUUUGUUCCCGUUCUGCUUAUGUACAUCCUCACUGUCACAGGAAACAUCCUGAUUGUUUUCAUCAUCAUCCAUGAUCACCAUCUCCACAACCCCAUGUACUUCUUCCUAGGGAACUUUUCUUUCCUGGAGAUCUUUUAUGUCACCACGCUGUCGCCCAAGAUGCUGGCCAAUUUCUUGGCAGAGAGGAGGGCCAUCUGCUUCUACUGUUGCAUCACCCAAGCCUUUUUCCAUUUCCUUCUUGGGGCUACUGAAUUCUGCCUGCUUGCCUCAAUGUCCUUUGACCGCUACAUAGCCAUCUGCAACCCACUGCAUUACAGCAUCAUCAUGAACAGCAAGCUUUGCCUGCAGUUAGCCUUGGGGUCUUGGCUGGGAGGUUUCUUCACUGUCAUAGUGCAGACCAUCUUGAUCUGCCAACUCCCAUUUUGUGGCCCCAACCUGAUCAACCAUUUCUAUUGUGAUGUGACCCCAUUGCUGAGCUUGGCUUGCUCUGAUACCCACCUGCUCGAGCAGAUAGUGUUAGUGGGGUCUGCCCUUCUCCUGUUCAGCUCCUUCUUACUCACUGCCAUCUCCUACAUCUUCAUCAUCUCCACCAUAUUGCGCAUCCCUUCUUCGUCGGGGCGACAGAAGGCUUUCUCAACCUGUGCCGCCCACCUGACGGUGGUGUCCAUACAAUAUGGAACAGUGAUGUUCAUGUACGUGAAGCCCAAAGCAAACUCCUCUCUGGAGGUAAACAAAGUGGUAUCUGUGCUGAAUACAGUUAUAACCCCGCUCCUCAACCCUUUCAUCUACACCCUGAGGAACAAAGACGUCAAAGAAGCUUUGUGUGCUCAUCUGCACAUAUACAGGCAUCAGAGCAAGAGGCAGACAGUGUUAUAG